AUGGCCACUGUACCUGAAUUGUUCGUGGCUGUCUUUGCGACCGCCAGCGUUGUCCUCUUGGCGACGAUCCUCCACCAAAGGUCCCUGAGACAGCCGUUGAAGUCGCCAGCGACCCAGAUCCCGACACGACGCGUCGAUGACACCCCAGCCGAGACUUCAUCACCGAAGACCAAAAAGAGCCUGACACUACGCAUCGACGAGAUUCCUGCAGAUCAUGUCGAUAACCUGGAUCGCAACCUGAAGUCUAUUAUUGACAAGAUUCUGGACCUGCAGGGAGAUGCGAAUCCUAUGAUCUGUCGCUCUUUGGUGUCACAUGGCAAGGACUCCCUCUGUGCUACUGUCUCGAUCAAGACAUCGCUCUCCGCAGAUGACCUGUCCGCUCAGCUGCGCCGAGCCAGGAAUAGUUACCCAUAUAACUAUACCUGCAAAUUCGAGGGAAUCACGCCGCUCUAUGAGGACAAGAACGGUGCAGAUGUCGACAUCAUAGCAGUACCCGGCCUCGGAAGCCACGCACUCGGCUCCUGGAAAUCCCCGAACAGUGACGACGUCUGGCUACGCGACUUCCUUUCCGAUGUGCCCAAUAUCCGGGUGCUACUGUACGGCUAUGAUACCACGCUGCCAGGCAGCCUCUCGAAGCAGUCCAUUGAAGACUUGGGUGGUGCCUUACUGGAACAAAUCAUUGCCUAUCGUGCGAGUGAUGGGACCUCUCACCGCCCAAUCAUUUUCACCGGCCACAGCCUUGGCGGCCUACUCAUCAAAGAGGCGCUUGUUCGUGCGCGCAGAAGAUGCAGUAAUGCAAACUCUGACCUAUCCAAAGCCUCUUAUGGACUUCUUUUCUUCGGCGUGCCGAACCUCGGCCUACGAAACGACCAACUGAGGACUCUUGUCCGAGGCCAGCCCAAUGAGGCCUUGGUUCACGAUCUCCUCGUCGACAGCGACUCUGAGCCAUCGGCUUUCCUGAAGAGACUCGCCGACCAAUUUUCAGAGAGCUGCAAAGGCCACUACAAGGUCGUGACUUUCUUUGAGCGUAGGCUGAGCCCAACCCUAGAGCUUAAUCAAGACGGCAAGUGGCGCAAGACUGGCCGCCCCUCUUUGUUGGUCACAGAAAAAUCGACUACUAGCACGGGCUUGGUAGCCGUCGCCGAGGAGGACAACAUCGCCCUUAACACAGAUCAUUCUGGACUUGUUAAGUAUGAUUCCAGGAACCAGGGCGACUAUACCAUCGUCAGAGAACGACUAAGACGACUUGUCGAUGAGGCGAGGCUGGAGGUUGCUAAACGAUUCGCGGAGCAUAGCCUCCACCAGCCCCUAUCGGAGACAAUGAAAGCCUGCCUGAAAUCAUUAGCCUUUGAGGACAUGGACGGCAGGCAAGUCAAAAUCGACAAUGCAGCCGACGGCACAUGCAAAUGGCUUCUCAAUCAUAAAACCUUGAUCGAAUGGAUCCAUCAAGAUCGAGGCCUUUUGUGGAUCAAGGGAAAUCCUGGAUCUGGCAAGUCAACGCUGGUGAAAUAUGCCAAGGAUGCACUUCCUCCAAUUUAUGGAAAAGAGACGCUGGUAUUUUCUUUCUUUUUCCAUGGUCGUGGUCAUGAACUACAGAGAACCCCGAUUGGUCUCUUCCGAUCCCUUCUGCACCAGUUGCUCAAGUGUGUCCCUGGCGCCGUACCCGACCUGAUCAAAUAUUUUGAGGAUAAACGAGCAACCGAGAGCGAGCCUGGAGAGAAGUGGCAGUGGCAUCUAGAAAAGUUGCAGGCUUUCCUCGAGUCGUCACUUCCAAUAAUUCUGAAGAGGUUUUCAGUCAUCCUCUUCAUCGAUGCGCUCGAUGAGUGCGGGAAACAAUCAGCUGUCGGGUUAGUCGAAUAUUUUAAGAGAUUACGCUCAAGUCUCCCACCAACGGAUUCUCGAUUCGGCAUCUUCUUCUCCUGUCGCCACUACCCCAUCCUACAACUUAAAGGCGGAUCAACUAUAUCGCUCAAUCCCAAAGACAACGAAGGCAUCACUGCAGAUAUCACUAGAUACAUUAAAGAGCGCUUCUCCACGUGUGAUCCGGACGCAGAUGUCGAAAAGUUGAUAUCGGAUCGCGCCCAAGGCGUUUUCUUAUGGGCACGCCUUGUCGUGGAUCGCGUCCUGCAGCUGAAGCGUGAGGGGGAGUCGCGGGCCAAGAUUAAGACCGAGAUCAAGCUGAUACCCCAAACUUUAGGCGAGCUGUACCGCGGGCUAAUUCGGGGCGUGGAGAAUGCCUCGGUCACCUCGAAAUUAAUGCAAUGGAUCUGUUUCUCUACGAGGCCAUUGGCAACGGACGAGCUCCGAUGGGCUAUGAUAGUUGACUCUGACGAUACUCAAAAGUCACUCGGGGAAUACCAAAAGUCGGAUGAUUUCAUCGCCGACGACAAGAUCGACAUAAGAAUCAGCGCCCUCAGCUGCGGUCUCGCAGAGACCGUACAGUCUAGAAAUGCCCGCGUCGUUCAAUUCAUUCACCAGUCAGUUAAGGACUUUUUCAUGAGGGGUGGAUUGAACGCUCUGGAUAAUACCACGAAAGCAGCAAAUCUGGUGAUCCCAACUGUUCAUUGCCGCCUCUCCCGUUCCUGUAUCCGCUACUUCAGAAUGGUUGUACUAUCUCAGUCAGGAUUCCUUAGCGAGGAGGGCAAGUCAAGAUUCCCCUUGUUGCACUAUGCCACAACGUCAUGGGUGUCUCACGUAAAGUUGGGCGACCCAGCCGAAGAGGCCCCGAACGAUCUCGUGCAUCUACUUGGAUGGCCGACAGAGCUCCUGGUUGAAUCAUGGGUGCGGAUAUACGAGGCAUUGGAGCCUUACGAAGAUGAUUGCCCGCCAAACGGGAGUAAUCUUGUGCACAUCGUUGCAAGACACGGCCUGACAAAACUACUACCAUGUCUGCUCGUUGAUACUGGCAAGAUCGAUAUCGAUGCAAGUGAUGAGUAUGGCCAGACGCCGCUGUCGCGGGCUGCCGAGAAUGGACGCGAGGCUGUGGUUAAGAUGCUGCUUGAUACUGGCAAGGUCGAUAUUGAUGCAAGAGAUAAUUAUGACCGGACGCCGCUAUUGUGGGCCGCUGGGAAUGGAUGCGAGGCUGUAGUUAAGAUGCUGCUUGAUACUGGUAAGGUUGAUGUCGAUGUAAGAGAUAUAAAUUAUGGCUGGAUGCCGCUAUUGUGGGCUGCUGGGAAUGGAUGUGAGGCUGUGGUUAAGAUGCUGCUUGAUACUGGUAAGGUUAAUAUUGAUGUAAGAGAUAUAGAUUAUGGCCAGAUGCCGUUAUUGUGGGCUGCCGAGAAUGGAUAUGAGGCUGUGGUUAAGAUGCUGCUUGAUACUGGUAAGGUUGAUGUUGAUGUAAGAGAUACAGAUUAUGGCUGGAUGCUGCUAUUGUGGGCUGCUGAGAAUGGAUGUGAGGCUGUAGUUAAGAUGCUGCUUGAUACUGGUAAGGUUGAUGUUAAUGCAAGAGAUAUAGAUUAUGGCUGGAUGCCGUUAUUAUGGGCCGCUGGGAAUGGAUGUGAGGCCGUGGUUAAGAUGCUGCUUAAUACUGGUAAGGUUAAUGUUAAUGUAAGAGAUAUAGAGUAUGGCUGGAUGCUGUUAUUGUGGGCCGCUAGGAAUAGACAUAAGGCUGUAGUUAAGAUACUCCUUGAUACUGGUAAGGUUGAUGUUAAUGUAAGAGAUAUAGAGUAUGGCUAG